AUGACUAGAUUAACGACAAACAAUGUCACUGGGCCUGAGUUUAUGCCUCAAAAGUUUUUGAAACAAGAGCGACAACAGUCGCGCAUUAACAUCGAAGAAGUUCACACAUUUCUGGAGUCCACGCCAGAAAAUGCGAAGCUCGUUCAAGAGCUGAUCGCAGAAGUAACUAUGGAUCCGGUACUCAAAACAUGCACCGACUACUAUGAUCUAAGUAAGGAGGAGCAUCGUAAAGUUACAGCGCAGAAAAUUGCACGGAUGGCGCUCUACAUGGAGCAAGAUAUCAAGAGGGCAAAGCGUCAGUACAGGAAGGACGUGGUUCGUGACCUACAGCUGAAUGCCGACAGCCCCACGCUCACCAGCCGCGACCUCUCGAUCUUCGACAAGCGGUUGUCAAUUGUAGCUAAUCAGGACCCACAGCUAGGCACCAGAAUCGGUGUUCACUUGGGGCUUUUCGGAAACUGUAUCAAGGGUAACGGAACUGACGAGCAAAUACGGUAUUGGCUCCAGGAGCGCGGUACCCUCUUUCUCAAAGGGAUCUAUGGAUGCUUUGCAAUGACUGAACUUGGACACGGUUCGAACGUGGCUCAAUUGCAAACGCGUGCUGAAUAUGAUCCAAGCAUUGAUUGUUUUACUAUAAACACCCCAGAUCUAACUGCCACCAAAUGGUGGAUCGGAGGAGCAGCUCACUCUGCCACACAUGCAACAGUUUACGCUAGACUAAUUGUCCAGGGUAAAGACUAUGGGGUCAAAACAUUUGUGGUGCCACUCAGGGAUCCCAAAAACUUCCAACUGUUGCCCGGAGUGUUUGUGGGUGACAUUGGCGCCAAAAUGGGGCGCGAUGGGAUCGACAAUGGCUGGAUUCAAUUCAAAAAUGUGGUGAUUCCACGGGAGUUCAUGCUUAGCAGAUUUACAAAAGUCGUCAAGGAGGGUCAAAAUGUGCGCGUUUUGACAGAGCCUGUGCUAGACCAGAUUUCUGGUUAUAGCGCUCUUUUAAGCGGGCGGGUUAAUAUGGUAAUGGACUCAUUUAGGUUUGGUGCCAAAUUCACUACCAUUGCUAUACGCUACGCAGUUGGAAGACAGCAGUUUGCUUCCAAAAAGGGCCACGGGAGUACUGCCGAGGAAACGCAGUUAAUCAAUUACCCUUUACACCAAUACCGUGUGCUACCUCAUCUGGCCCUAGUUUACUUGGUUUCCCCCGCAGCCUAUAAGCUGAUGAAUACCUACCAUUCCACAUUGGAAGAUUUGUACAAAAUCUCCUCCAGUGGUGACAAGAGUAAGCUUAAGCCAGUGAGUCAAAAGUUAAAAGAUUUGUUCAUUGAUAGCGCCAGCUUGAAGGCAACAAACACAUGGUUGAUAGCAACGGUAAUUGAUGAGCUGCGUCAAGCAUGUGGUGGCCAUGGCUAUUCAGCAUACAACGGUUUCGGAAAAGGUUAUAAUGAUUGGGUCGUUCAAUGCACCUGGGAAGGUGACAAUAAUAUCCUAUCUUUGACGUCUGCGAGAAGUAUAAUGAAGAAGUUCACCGACUUGUCAAAAGGGGUCGUACAAACUAGCGAAUCCUUCAGUUACUUGUCUCCUCAGUUUGUUGGUGGAGUGCUGAAAGGUACAAAGGUAGCACAGCUUGCAACAUUGAAGGAUUACACGGAUGUGUGGGGUAUAAUGUUGGUGAAGAUGCUACAUUUCUGUGUGACACUUGUUUCCAAGACCAAAGAUGGAGACUCGAUCUCCAAACAACUUGUCAUGGUAUCAAGAUUCCAUGCGUUUUAUUCCAUGUUACAGGUUUAUAGUGCAAAGUUAUCCGCGGACGACUCAGGCAUAAAAGAUGAAAACACCAGGAAGACGUUAUGGAGUUUAUACCAGUUGUUCUCUCUGUAUUUCAUCGACAAGCACUCGGGCGAAUUUCAACAGUUCAAGGUAUUUACACCAGAGCAAAUAUCUGAGCUCGUUCAGCCAAAGCUUUUCGCAAUUAUACCUGAGGUGAGAAAAGAAUGCGUUGCUCUCACGGAUGCUUUCAAAUUGCCUGACGCAAUGCUUAACGCCCCCAUUGGUUAUUAUGACGGCGACAUUUACAACAACUAUUACAAUGAGGUCUUAAGUAAUAACCCAAUGGAGUUCGAAGGACCUGGUAAGCCUAAUUAUCAUGCAACGUUGACUACAAUGCUAAGCAGGGGUUUUGAAUUCGAAGAACGUAUGAGCGGCUCUCAGGAUACCCAAACGCUAUCAAAGUUGGGUAAAUGA